UGAGGCCUGACUUUUUCAAUAAAACAUUGUGUAUUCUGGGCCUCCCGCUGCUCCGGCUCUGUUUCCCCUGGCGCCAAGAGAAGAAGGCGGAACUGAUUCCAGGCCUAGAGCCGGCCCCUGAGGCUGUGCCCCUUUCCGGCAAUCUCUGGCCACCACCACCCCCACUGGCCAGGCUGUCCCUCCCACUGGCCCUAGGGCCCCUCCCACCCCCACACCAGAUAAGGCCAGCCCAGUGCUGCUUCCUCUGGCAGUAGGCUCCAGGGCUGGAAUGGGGCCGCCUGGCUCCCCAUGGCAGUGGGUGCCGCUGCUGCUGGGGCUGCUGCUCCCUCCUGCCGCCCCCUUCUGGCUCUUCAAUGUGCUCUUCCCCCCGCACACCACGCCCAAGGCUGAGCUCAGUAACCACACACGGCCUGUCAUCCUCGUGCCCGGCUGCCUGGGGAAUCAGCUAGAAGCCAAGCUGGACAAACCAGAUGUGGUGAACUGGAUGUGCUACCGCAAGACAGAGGACUUCUUCACCAUCUGGCUGGAUCUUAACAUGUUCCUACCCCUCGGAGUAGACUGCUGGAUCGAUAACACCAGGGUUGUCUACAACCGGAGCUCCGGCCUUGUGUCCAACGCCCCUGGCGUCCAGAUCCGUGUCCCUGGCUUUGGCAAGACCUACUCUGUGGAGUAUCUGGACAGCAGCAAGCUGGCAGGGUACCUGCACACGCUGGUACAGAACCUCGUCAACAAUGGCUACGUUCGGGAUGAGACCGUGCGCGCUGCCCCCUAUGAUUGGCGGCUGGAGCCUGGCCAGCAGGAGGAGUACUACCACAAGCUCUCUGGGCUGGUGGAGGAGAUGCAUGCUGCCUAUGGGAAGCCUGUCUUCCUCAUUGGCCACAGCCUCGGCUGCCUACACUUGCUCUAUUUCCUGCUGCGCCAGCCCCAGGCCUGGAAGGACCGCUUCAUCGAUGGCUUCAUCUCUCUUGGGGCUCCCUGGGGUGGCUCCAUCAAGCCCAUGCUGGUCUUGGCCUCAGGUGACAACCAGGGCAUCCCCAUCAUGUCCAGCAUCAAGCUGAAAGAGGAGCAGCGCAUAACGACGACCUCCCCUUGGAUGUUUCCCUCUCGCAUGGCAUGGCCUGAGGACCAUGUGUUCAUUUCCACACCCAGCUUCAACUACACAGGCCGGGACUUCCAGCGCUUCUUUGCAGACCUCCACUUUGAGGAAGGCUGGUACAUGUGGCUGCAGUCACGUGACCUCCUGGCAGGACUCCCAGCACCUGGCGUGGAAGUAUACUGUCUUUACGGCGUGGGCCUGCCCACACCCCGCACUUAUAUCUACGACCACGGCUUCCCCUACACAGACCCUGUGGGUGAGCUCUAUGAGGAUGGUGAUGACACGGUAGCCACGCGCAGCACUGAGCUCUGUGGCCUCUGGCGGGGCCGCCAGUCACAGCCUGUGCACCUGCUGCCCCUGCACGGGAUACAGCACCUCAACAUGGUCUUCAGCAACCAGACCCUGGAGCACAUCAAUGCCAUCCUGCUGGGUGCCUACCGCCAGGAUCCCCCUGUGUCCCCGAUGGUCAUGACCAGCCCAGAGCCCCCACCCCCUGAAUAAAGACUUUCCUUUCCUGCUGUAA